GGGGAAGACCUGGCUCUGGCGGAAGCCACACACCAAGGCAGCCUCAGCACCAGCUGAGUUUCCCAAGAGGCGUUCAGAUUCUGUGAACUUUCUAAGCAUCCUCUCUCAGAUUUCCCUUCAGCAUAAAAGAAGGGGCACAGGGACCACAGGACAGGAAAACGCAGAAGAUGCUGGCCUGGGAUCCAGGAGACGCGGAAGAGGAGAGUCGGGGGAGGGGAAGAGCCCAGUAGGCAAUCUGUUCGGAAGCUAGCAAGCAAAGGAGCGGGGAUUCCAGGAUGAGGGAGGCAGAGCCGUUUGUCUGCUGCAGAUUGAUGUCUGUGUCCUUGGAACAGAAGUGAAUUCUGCCUCUGCCUGCUGAGUGCACAGCUAUGGUGACAGCUUGAAGACAUAGAUAAUGCUUUCCUAACUGACCCCUACCUGUGCCUCCAGAACUCAUGGCUUCUUCCAGAUUCAGUGGCCCAGACAGUGGGUAUCACUUGGGACUCACCCCUCUCUGGGCAGCAAAGAGCAUCCCUUGAGAUUCCAGAGGCCAAUGAGACUAAACAGUCAGGCUUUCAGGAGGCCAUGGGAACAUUCUUCUCCAAGGCCCCUUCCUAAAUCUCUGGCCCCAGGUCUUUUGUGAACUCAUGCCCACUGGACCACCAGGGGAAACGGCCUCUGAGACCUUGAAAGCUGGAGAUCCAGGUGCAAUUCUGACUUCUUAAUCAGUCCCAGCCCUAGGACAGAGCUUAAGUUUUCUUAGAAGAAGUGCCAGGACCUUUAAAGGCCACCUUUCAUCUCUCUCACAUCGUCCCUCCCACCACUCAGACACAGCACCCAGAGGAAGCACCCAGCAGGUAUGGGUGACUGGGGCACAAAAGAUCUGCAGGGACCCUUGCAGGACCUGCUGAUGGCUGCCCCAGCUUUGUCCUUGUUCUCCUCACUUCUCAAGCUUUGAUCACCCUUUCAGACCCUAGGGUAUCUCAACUGGGUCCUUGCUCCCCAGGCUCCACACAAGGAGCAUCCUGUGGCUCUUAGAAAGCCUUGGGUGCUUAGAGGCUCCCAAGGAAGUCUUAAACCAUGAUAGCACACUCUCAGAAGCCCCACCUCCCAGACUCAGGCCUCUAAUGUAGCAGCCUCCCUGUACCUUGACUGUUGAACCUAGGGACACAGCUCUCAUGGGCUCCCUACAGUAUUGCUGCUGCCAGCUGCCAAAGAUGGGUGACACCUGGGCCCAGCUUCCCUGGCCUGGGCCUCCCCACCCAGCCUUGUUGCUGGUCUUCUUCCUCUUGGCAGCUGGAGUGAUGCACUCUGAUGCCGGUACCAGUUGCCCAGUCCUUUGUACAUGUCGUAACCAAGUAGUGGACUGCAGUAACCAGCGGUUGUUCUCCGUACCCCCGGACCUGCCAAUGGACACCCGCAACCUCAGCCUGGCCCACAACCGCAUUGCAGCCGUGCCGCCGGGCUAUCUCACAUGCUACAUGGAACUCCGUGUGCUGGAUUUGCGCAACAACUCCUUGAUGGAGCUGCCGCAGGGCCUCUUUCUCCAUGCCAAGCGCUUAGCACACCUGGAUCUGAGCUACAACAACCUCAGCCAUGUGCCAGCUGACAUGUUCCGGGAGGCUCAUGGACUGGUGCAUAUCGACCUGAGCCACAAUCCCUGGCUACGGAGGGUGCACCCUCAGGCCUUCCAGGGCCUCGUGCAUCUCAGAGACCUGGACCUCAGCUAUGGUGGCCUGGCUUUCCUAAGUCUUGAAGCCCUUGAGGGCCUCCCGGGGCUGGUGACCCUGCAGAUCGGGGGUAACCCAUGGGUAUGCGGCUGCACCAUGGAGCCCUUGCUGAAGUGGCUGCGGAAUCGGAUACAACGCUGUACAGCGGAUUCUCAGCUGGCGGAGUGUCGGGGGCCCCCUGAAGUUGAGGGUGCCCCCCUCUUUUCACUCACUGAAGAGAGCUUCAAGGCCUGCCACCUGACUCUGACCCUGGAUGAUUACCUUUUCAUCGCGUUUGUGGGCUUUGUGGUCUCCAUUGCUUCUGUGGCCACCAACUUCCUCCUGGGCAUCACAGCCAACUGCUGUCACCGCUGGAGCAAGGCCAGUGAAGAAGAAGAGAUUUGACACAGGUGCCUCUCAUCCCUCCAUGCUGCUGCCACUGCUGUUGACCACUGGACACCUGGGAUCAUGGUGCCCUGGCCACCUCCAUCAUAACUCAAACAAGGUUGGGAAACUAACUUUGUAUGAGCAUCCAUCCACUUUGGGCCAGGCACUGUGCUAGCAACUGGGAAUGAAAGACAAAUCUAACCCAGUCCCUGCCCGUGAGGUACUUACUUUUAAUAAAGAAAGCAAUUCCAAAACAUCCUUUUAUGACAAUAUGCCAGUGCUCUGAGCACGGUGUUAGGGAAGCCCAGAGGAGGGUCCAUCAUCUGUGCCUCAAAAGUCCAAGAAGAAUUGCAAGAAUGAUCUGCUAAGUAGAUAGAGAAAGGAUGACCAGGGCAAAUGAUAGGGCGUACUGUGCAGGGUAUGUCGAGAGCAGCACACUGUUCCUUGUGGCCUAAGUGUGUAGAGGAGGUGUAUGCAAGAGCAAAACUUCCCUCUGACACUCAAUUUUCCAGUCCCCACUGCAGCCUGCCACUGCCCACCAGGAGUGAGAUGGACCCCAGCUCCUUGACCUCCUUCCACUAGCAGUUUUGGGGUAAAAUGACCUCCCAAUGACUUCCCUAUGCUCAAUUGCAGCCUCAUGGUGAGGUCCCAGACAACAGGGUAAUCACCUUCAGCACCCUUCCUUCUAUCCCUGUCUCUGCCUCUGACUCUAGACUUGUCUUCAAGGAGAAGGCAGAAGGCCCCUACAAUGGUGGCAGCAAUAGUCUUGGCCCCCUGGGACCCCAAUUGUGUGAUCACUCUUUCCAUGGUGCUUACACCAAAGGAACUCACCAGGAAAGUGCACUGUAGGGCUCGGAUCCUAGCAUGUCAGUAACCAGGGCAGAAGGACAAAGCCACCAAGUUCACAACCAUGGGAUUAUAUGUCUUUUCUUCUAAGUAACUCACUCAUUUGAGCAUAAAGGAAGGAGAGCUAUGAAUUCCUGAUUCUUGCUAGUGUCGGGCAGUGUGAGAAGCUCCCUCCUCAACAGUUUCCUUUCACACAUACAACAGCCCUCUCAGGGGGGUUUAUUGUUCCCAUUUUGCAGAUGAGAUCAUCAGGCUCAGAAAGGAUAAGGUAGCAUGCUAUGUCAUGUUCAAAAUACAAUCAGUAUCCUUCAUCACAAUUCUUUCUAAAGCUAUGUAAAUUCAAAUUCAAGCCAUGCUAAUGAAGUUGCUGAUAAGGACCAGGCACUGCUCUGGGCAUGGUUAUAUUUUCUAAUUCAUCUCUUUCCAUUCUCACUGCCAGAUAGUUUUUACUGUUCACACUUUGCAGUUGAAUUCAUUGUGGAGAGCUGAGUGACUUAGCCAAGUUAUCUGUGUAAACAAAGAAUAUGACCGUUGACUCCAUUGAGGAAAUCUGUAUCUAAUCAGUCAGGCACCAAGGUCUAUGUGGAAACAUGAUUAUCACCAUCUUUGUCAUCUCCAUAUUCCUCAUCUAUGUCAUCAGCUUCAUUGAGAUCUUCCCUGUCUUCUUGGGCACUGGAAAGUCCAGGAAGCUUCUUUUGCAUUCCUCUCCUUGGCUUCUCACAACUCUGUGUGGGAGACAAAUCAAAAUGCUGUUUUACAUAUAGGAAAGUGGAGGCUCAAGAUGAGUAUGACUUCAUCCUAACACUGGACUCAGUUCUGCCGUGGUUCUCUUUCCAGUGCUCCCUUGGGCAUUUGGGGGAAGAGAAUGUCCUGUAAGCCUGCAUAGCAGAACCCUAGAAUUCAACAGUCAUUGACACAAUAGUAAUCACAAAAAUGAAUAGAAGGCAGUAAAGCCCAGCUGUGCCCAGAUUGUGCUCACAGAGGGGCAAUGCUAGCCUCUAAACCACAGAGGCAGCACAAGUAACAUCUGAACAGAGGACGCCUUCUUAACAAUGCAUGAGUCUGUCACUAGAACUGGCGGCUGUAUUGACAUCAUUCUUCAGUCAGAUUUUUGGAAAGGAAGCGACGUAGUUCCUACUGUGUGUUGUGUUACAAGAGAAACUGAGGAAUCUGAGAAAAUGAUAGGUGAGAUCUUCUGUAGAAGACAGGAAGACUUAAGGCCCAGUCUUGUCGGCAAGGCUGGCUAUAGUGAGGGUGAAAACGAGAGCUUUCUAUCUUGGCUCUAACCCCAGCAAGCAUCCAUCAUCCACUCCCAGGUAGCCCUAAAAUGCAUGGAGGAGGAGAAUAUGUCAUCUUCCAACUCAUCUACAUUGAUCUAAUCAGCCAAAGCCAUCCCCGGAAGCUUUCCCCCUCACUCUUGCUUAUACUGUCUAGGCCAGAGCUCUGCUCCUACAAAAUAUGACAUAGAACAUAGCCCUGCUCUCCCCGACCACCCAACUGCAGCCAACAAUGGUGGACUCCAGCUAUCAUCCACCAGUUAAGCUUAUCAUCUACGGUGUUUUGGAAAGGAACUUUUAGAAAUAGUAUUCCUGAUUUAAAAAAAAAAAAAUCAUUUAACUUUCCAUAAAGGAACACCAUGCUCACUUACAGUAAUCUCCUAGACACUACUGUUUGCUGAAUUAUAGUUAACGUAUUUUAAGAUAUACUACUCUAUUUCACAUAGAAUUAGAACAAGACAAGACACCAAAUGCCUCUAGAGAUCAAGUGUCCUUCCGAGUGGCACAAUUUGAUCUCCAUUAAUGGCAAAGACUUCUAAGCAAGAUAGAUCAAGAAAAUGUUUCUCCAGCUUUUAGAAGGUCCCCAGUUAACUAAGGCACAAGAAGGGAGACAUCCAGCCUCCAUACUAUCAUGCAAUUCCACUACCACCACCAUCCUGUUCAGGCUGUCAGAACUUAGUGUCUAGAAAUAAUAUAAUAAUCCUUAUUGCAAGUGUUUGCAUAUCCUGGUAACCACAAACCUGUUAUGAUGUCCCCAUGAAGUUUCAUUUAGUUUUUUCCACACUGGCUAAUGUGUAUGAUGGGGCAUUGGUUUGUCCAUAUGUGUAUCUGUGGUCCACUUAUGUUGUUUAUCUGCUGACUUGGAGAAUAUUCCUUUGGAGCAUGAGUUCAGUUUUCUGACACAAUCCACUCAGCUAUCAGGCUGAUACACAAAUAAGGACCCUACACAAUUGUCUGGCUGCACAGGAAACAUGAAAAGAUCCAAUGCUAUAAUUGAAACAAUCUAAUGAAAACCUGGUUUCUCCCAACUUCCCUCUGUCCUCCUCUAUCCCCUAGAGACUUGUCCCCUUCACAGAAGUUUCCUUUAUGCUGGGUCUGAAAACGUCAGGUCAUAACUAACCAACAAGAUUAUGGUGGUCAAGGUCUGGACAAGAAUUUUUUUUCUUUAGAAAAGAUCCUCUGUCCUCAUCACACCAUUCUGGAUCAUGUACCUCUGAUUAUCCUCAAGAUACCAACUCCUUUUCCAUUCUCACCAGGAUUCCCGUGGAAACUUGAAGAAAUAGGUUGCCCAGAGACGCUAUAGAGUUUCAUGGUCUCAGUUAAGGGCUUGGUGUAAUGGAUUUAAAGAGAUUUAAAUGGAUUUAAAGAGUACAUGUAUUUCAUUCCAACCCUUGUGAAAAGCCAACAGCUCCAUUUUCUCCAUAGACGUAUUUGCUGCCGUUCUUUUCAGUUGUAGAAGAGCACAAGGAGACACCUUUGCUCAUUCCUCAAAGGGACAGCGUCCUCACAGCUAGGGAACCUUGUCUGCUUUUGUGUACCCAGAAGGAGGCAAAAGGAAGUAAGAGAGGCACGACCCAAGGGCCUUUUGUACAUCACAGCGCUGACCAGGAGCUGGGUCCACAAAGCUCUCAGUUCUCCUACGCCCUGACGUCUGGUGGUGGGAGGGUUAGGGAGGAGUAGGGAAGAUGCCAACCUUUGUAUGGAAAUUAUUUUAUAACCAUGCACUUUUGUAACUGUAACCAAUUUUUCAUAAAUGUACAUUAAUAAUAAAAAAUGUAUAGUUUAA